AUGUAGGUAACUAAGCAAAACUUCGAGCAAAGCUUUUAAAUUUUUUCAGAUUUGGUGAAUUCGCCAAAGACUGAAUUUAUUAGUUAUGAUUUUGAAAUGACAGGCAUCAGAACUACAGAAAAAGAAUCUUAUAAUGAUAUGCCAUUUGAAAGAUAUGAAAAGUGUGCACAAGUAGCUAGAAAAUAUGCAUUAAUAUAAGCAGGCCUUACUGUUUUUCAUAAAGAGGAUAGUAAAUACACUGCUUAUCCUUUUAAUGCCUACGUUAUCAGAAGAAAAAUAGAAAACACAUCUUAUAAGCCUGAAGUAGUUUUAGAAAGUGGAGCAAUUAAGUUCAAUGCAGAGCAUGGAUGCGAUUUCGAUUAGUGGAUUAAGAACAGUGUUACUCACAUAGAUAGAGAGCAGUAUGCGAACUUAUUAAAAGAAGUCGAACAAAAGAAUGAUUUAAGUCAAGCAGAAAGAAAUAAAGCAAUAAAUAGCAUUCAUUAAUCUUUAGGAUUUACUAAAUUCUUUGAAUUAGUUGGUAAAAGAAAUGUUCCUAUUGUUGGACAUAACUGCUACAUGGAUCUUCUCUUUUUGCAUAAUUCAUUUAUAGGUGCUCUUCCUUAAUACUACUCAAAAAAAUUAUCUGUUGAGGAGGAAGAAGAAUAAAAACAUAGCCAAGAAGCAAAUGACGAAGAAUCCAAAGAAUCUUCAACUUAAUCAAAUAAUUACAAAGAAAGAAUAUUCUCUUCUUUUUAAAAGCUUUAUGAUUCAAAGGCAAUUUCAGUCUCAUUUUUCAAAGAAUUUAUGACAGAUGACAAUAAAAGCACUUCCCUUGAAAGUUUAAAAGAAUUUAUCUACACCAAUCUCUCAAAAUACAGGUUAGCUGAGAUAUAGUUAGGUCAAGGAGCCUAUUAAGAUUACAACUGGGAUGACCCAAAUAAUCAGUAAAAAUUCCAUGAAGCCGGUUUUGACUCUUAUUUAACUGGAUGGAUUUUCCUUCAACUUAGAUAGUUUUAUGUCGAAAACUUUAAAAAGACAGAAAAAGAUUUUGAAAACACAUUUCUUAACAACAUUAAUGUGAUGAACAAUCGCUACUUCUUAAGUUUCGGAUAGGAAGAGGACAUUUUAUAAACACAAAUCUUGAAUGGAAAUAUUUCUGAUGACAUUUUACAUAUAUUUGCCCAUAAUGAUCCUGUUGAUCCAAUUAAAGAGUAAUAAUAAGAAAAAAUGGAGAAAUUCUAAAAAUAAAUCUAAGAUUAUUUUGAAAGUUAGUAAUAUUCUUCAAGAGUUAGAGCUAGUAUUUAAAACCAAAAUUUCAUUUUCAUUGAACUCAGCCUUUAAAACAAUAAAGAUCAAGUGGAUAUUGAUAAUUUAAAGAAAAAACUUGAAAAUGAUAUAAAGGAAAUAUAGAAAAUGGCUUCAGAAUUAAGUGUCAAAGAGUACGAGCAAUUAAUAUUCCAACAAAGACAUAACACCAAAAAAUUUAAUAAUGCAAAACCUAAAAAUAAUAAGUAUUAAAAUAAAAAAUGA